AUGAGCUGGGUACCAACAGCCCGGGCACAUCUGAUCUUGCAAGAUGCGCACCGCAAGUAUGGCGAGGUAGUCCGUAUCGGGCCAAAUAUGGUGUCGUUCAGUAACCCCGAGGCCAUCCCAGCGGUCUACCCCAUGCGGCCAGGCAUACCAAAGGGCGACUUUUAUAUGACUCUGCGGCCAUACACGAGGAGUGGAGGGUCGUUGCAUGCAGUCUUCAACACCACUGAAGAGGAUAUCCUCAAGCAGAUCAAGUCUCCAAUUGCACCACUUUUCAACCUCUCGAAUAUUGUCACCUUCGAGCCACUCGUCGACGAGGUCCUACAGUGCAUUCAUAAUAAAUUCGAUCAAAAAUUUUGCGCGACGGAGCAGGUCAUUAACAUGGGCCAGUGGCUGCAAUUCUUUGCCUUCGACGUUAUGGGCACCAUGACCUUCUCCAAGCGAUACGGAUUUCUCGACCAAGGAAAGGAUGUGGGUGGCAUGCUCGCCACGAUAAUUGAUUUCAUGAGGACUUCCGCACCAAUGACCCAAUCCCCCUUUCUCGAUCGUAUCUUACGCAAAAACAUCAUCGCCGACAUUCUGCGCCAAGCUUUUCGGCCGACUCCGUCUCUUUCAAUCAUGUCGUUCGUGGCCCAGGCCAUAAAAGAAAAGACCCAGAAGCUCGACAUAGAGCCAGACAAAGCACCAAACAACCACAGCCACACCGACUUUCUCACACGCUACAUACAGUUACAAAAGGGUAACCCCAGCAUCCCCGCCUGGGCUCCAACGGCCUGGACCUUCUCUAACGUCAUUGCCGGCUCCGACUCAGUCGGCACAAUCAUGCGCACCGUGCUUUUCAAUCUUCUAGCCUACCCAAAUACCAUGUACAAGCUCCGACAAGAGCUCGAAAAUGCGAAUCCUUCACGUCCGUUUCCGCGGUAUAGCGAGGUGCGCGAUCUGCCUUACCUCGACGCCUGUGUCCUGGAGGCAGCGCGGGUCCAUCCCCCCUUUGCACUGCCAUUUGAACGUGUUAUCCCCAGGGGCGGUCUUACGGUGCUCGGGCACUACCUGCCUGAGGGCACGGUUAUCGGUGGAAACCCGUAUGUUGUGAACCGGGACCCAAACACUUUUGGAGAUGAUGCGGAGUUUUGGCGACCAGAGCGCUGGCUCGAAGGCGAUAGUGUCCAUAAGAGGCACCUGGAGGCAAGCUUGCUUACUUUCGGGGCUGGACGACGUGUAUGUCUCGGUCGGCAUGUUGGUAUUCUGGAGAUCAAGAAACUGAUCCCAUUCCUCGUUUUGACAUAUGAUAUGCGGCUGGUUGACAAGGAGAAAUUUCAGGUCGAGAAUUCCUGGUUCUUCAUUCAAAGGGGAUUCUAUGCUCAGAUUCAAAAGCGUCAUGAAUAA